UCUCUCUCUCUCUCUCUCUCUCUCUCUCUCUCUCUCUCUCUCCAAACCUUCUUAAACUCACGAGUCAAAUAUACACGAAAAUGGGAGCUUGCGGAUCAAGUGAAUCUCGGAGAACAGACACAGCGAAGCUAAUAUUACCAGACGGAACGUUACAAGAGUUUACAUCACCUGUAAAAGUGUGGCAGAUUCUUCAGAAGAAUCCCACGAGUUUUGUUUGUAACUCAGACGAUAUGAACUUCGACGACGCAGUUCUAGCAGUCGGUGGCAGCGAGGAUCUCCGGCCUGGAGAGCUUUACUUCGUUUUACAGUUAACAUGGCUGAAUCAUCCAUUAAGAGCAGAGCAAAUGGCUGCUUUGGCGGUUAAAGCGAGCUCCGCGCUUAGCAAAAGUGGUUGGAGUUGUGGCGAUGAUGAUGAUGCGAGAAAGGUCUCUGGUGGUGAGUGUGGUAGAGUUAAGAGAGUAAAAAGAAAUAGUUGCGGCGGAAGAGGCUGUGGUGGUGGCGGUAAAGGGUGGAGGAAGUUUACAGUGGAGUUGAGUUCGAUAGCUGAGUAGGGUAAGACCAUCGUUAAUUUCUUUGGGUUCGGCUAAGAAAAUUUAAGAACCGUAUCUUAAAUAAAAGAUAUAAAAACCGGUUAUUAGCUUAAAAAAAACAAAAACAAAAAGUGUUCAUGAGUUAAAAACUCCAAAUUAAAAACCCGGGUUAAUCACCUCUAAUGUGGCUGUGUAAAUUAUAAUUAGAGAGUUUGACUUUUUUUUCUUAAAUCUUAAACAUCUAUAUCGAGUUUAUUUUGUUGUUGUACAAAUAUUCUUUUUGGGUAAAUAUUUCCAUUAAUAUCAAAAGUUUAAGAUU